UUGAUUUGGGCAUUGAAAGAGAGUCUUCGCCUAUAUCCUUAGAUCGAGACCAUCCCACGAAUCAUAUAAAGAUGGACGCCGUGGUCAAUUCUCAAAUUCAAGAGCCUCUAGACCUCGUCAAGCUUGCCCUCGGAGAGCGUGUUUUGAUUAAGCUUAGAGGUGACAGAAUAGUCACUGGUGUUCUUCACGCUUAUGACGCCCACAUGAACGUUGUCAUCUCUCAAGCAGAGGAAUCCAUCCAUGUUGUCGACGUGACCGAAGAAGGACAGCCCUUACCACCUAGGAUCGAGAGACGGACUGCCGAGAUGUUGUUCGUUCGAGGAGACGGUGUGAUUCUCCUUUCACCGGCAGAGCAAUAAGAUGGUUGUAGCUCGAGACGGUGAUGCAGAUAUACCCAUAUAUAAAACGAAUAUGCCAUAAAUUCAUUAGAGUGAAUGUCCAAGUAAAGUGUGCUAAUGUCUUACAGCUACAACCGGCUGCCUGAGCUUCAAUUGUCUACGGGUGUCUAUAUACAGCUAUGAAGCCCCCUUCAAUAACGG